UCAGAGAUUUUUUUUCGCAAAACGUCCAUAGAAAAUAAAUAAAACAAAAAUCAGUUUACAUUUUGAAAGCGAGGCGAUCAGUUGGAUUCUAAGAGGUGAAAAAUAAAUUUGUUUAGACAAAACUGUUGAGUUGUUUAUUGAGUGUCGUGGGUGUGAAAUUCGAUACUUAUUUUGAUUUUAAUAUUUUUUAUAUGAAAGGUGAAGACAUUUGUGAGAGGAAGUUCAAAUUGUAUGUCAAGAAACUCUAGUGUAAAUAAAAUUAAAAUAUUAAUGUGGCAGUUUACAGCAUGUGCAAAUGCAUUUAAGCGUCAAUGAAAGAAAAAUAAUUAAAGAAUGAGCUGAAAUUUAUGAGACACAAUAAAAUUCUUACUUAAUCCUAAUUGCAAUGAGAAAAAAUAUUAUAAACAUAGUCUGCUUCACAACAACUUAUCUGGUGUGACCUAAUUAUUGCAUUCGAACAGUUGGAAACCUCGCUCUGAGUCAUAAUCCAUCAAUUCAUUACUAAAGAAAAAAACUGCAUAAUUGUAGCAGACAGUCAAGGACUUGUGUGAAAGUGAAAAAUGAAAAUUGACAAGAACCCAUUAUUUCCGACAUUUAGAUGAGUUCAAAGUGACAAAUAGCUUUUUUUUUUGAAGGAAAAUCUCCCAUAAAAUUAAUGCACCGAAUACAUUUCAAAUGACUUUGUGAACUGAAAAAAGUUUUAGAAGCGAUAUCUAAGUGAUAAAAAAGGAAGAAAAAAAAUACUAAAACUUAAAAGAAACCAAUUAAGUUGGGUAGUUCCAAAUGUGUAAUGAAGUGGAAUUUGCUCACAAUCAAUCAAAAGUUUGUGUUGUUCUUCUUGUUUAAUUGUUUUAUCCUCUUCAAUUACAUUUCAUUUAUCAAUUGUGAUGUCUAUAAACUUGGAUACAUAACUGGAUCACACCGUCGUCCCGGUGAUUUGGAAUAUGAGAGACCAGGCUUAACGAUAUCAGGAGCACUCACGCUCGCCGCUGAGGAAGUAAACAAAGCGAAGCUUGCCAAAUUGAAUCAUUCAAUUGAAUUUAUUGUCGCUGAGACGUACGGUGAAGAAAUAUCGAGCAUUAGGGAAACAGCAUCAUUAUGGAAGCAGGGAAUUUUCGGCUACAUUGGUCCUCAAGAGACAUGCAUUCACGAAGGUCGUAUGGCAGCAGCAUUCAAUUUACCAAUGAUCUCGUAUUUUUGUACAAAUUAUGAGACAUCAAAUAAGAAAGACUUUGCAACAUUUGCACGAACACGUCCACCAGAUACACAAAUUGCCAAAUCCGUUGUAUCGCUAUUGUUGGCAUACAACUGGACACAGGUGACAUUUUUGCAUGUGGAUCAUGAUUUGAGUGCAAUCGCACCAAUUGCAAAAACUGUGAUAAAUACGUUAAAUAUAGCAGGAAUAAAGAUUAAUGCCGUUAGGACAUGGAAUGAGGACUAUUAUCAUGGUUAUCGAGUAAAUCCAUUUGAUGAUUUAGUGCAAGAUACUUACAGGGAUACUAGAAUUUAUUUAAUACUGGGACAAUUUCAUGAACACAUUGGGCUAAUGCUAAGUCUCUACAAUCGGGGUCUACUGAAUAAUGGCGAAUAUUUUGUCAUUGGUAUGGACAUUGAACAAUAUGAUACUUCUGACCCGGAAAAAUAUAUGAAAGGGAUUCUACACAGUGAACAAGAACCGUGGGUAGGGGAAGCUUAUCGAUCAUAUUUUGCUGUCUUUCCAUCACCAACAAUUGGAUUUGAUGAAUUUUCAGUAAAAGUUAAUAAGUUUUUGGAGCUGCCACCAUUCGAGCAUCCGAAUCCACUGAAACCGUUCAAUAAAGCAAAACAGAUUCGUGCGGAAGCUGCCUAUUUAUAUGAUGCUGUACAUCUGUAUGCAGACGCUUUGGUCAAUUGUCUGGAAAGCAGCAGGGAUCCAAGAAACGGUAGUGAGAUAAUAAACGCCAUCAAGGGACGAAGUUAUCAGAGUGCUAUGGGUUUCCUCAUUCAUAUUGACGAGAAUGGUGAUGCUGGUGGAAAUUAUACAAUCUUAGGUAUGAAGAAAGUGAAUAAUGGCAAGACAAAUCACAGCUCACAUGGUUUAUUUCCCAUCGGAACUUUCAUCACAAGAACAAAUCAGAGUGACAGUUUUGGGAAAACCAGUUAUCCGGAUUUACAAUUAUUUUCACGAAUAAUGUGGGUAGGAGGAAAACCUCCAGUAGCUGAGCCAUACUGUGGAUAUCGUGGAGAAAAAUGUAUCAGUUAUGCUAGGGAGAUAACAGCUGCCAUCGCUGGCUUUAUACUUCUUAUUUUAACAAUCGUCUCGCUCGUAUUAUAUCGUAAUUGGCGCUAUGAGCAGGAACUUGACAGUCUUUUAUGGAAAAUUGACUUCAGAGAAAUUCAGAUGCAUGAAAAUGAAGCAAGUGGAACGACUAAGCAGACAAGGGCCACACAUCCACUGAUAAGAACGAGUCAAGUGAGUCUAAGCUCAAAUCCCGAUGCAGACUUCCGAUACUCGACAAUUUUCACACCAAUUGGAUUAUAUAAGGGACAGUUGUAUGCCAUAAAGAAGAUUAGAAAAAAAUCUGUGGACAUAACGAGAGAGAUGAAAAUGGAAUUGAAAAUACUUCGUGACAUCCGGCAUGAUAAUUUAAAUGCAUUUAUUGGAGCUUGUACAGAACCACCGAACAUUUGUAUCAUAACUGAAUAUUGCUCACGAGGAAGUCUCAAAGACGUACUCGAGAAUGACGAUGUCAAAUUGGACAAUAUGUUCAUUGCAUCAUUAGUUUUUGACUUAAUAAGGGGCAUGACCUACCUUCAUGACUCGCCAUUAAGAGUUCAUGGUAAUCUCUGUACAUCAAAUUGUCUCAUCGAUUCACGUUGGGUGGUAAAGCUGAGCGAUUUCGGUCUGUAUGCAUUUAAAAAAGGUAGCAACAGUAGUAAUCACCAUCAUCAUCAUAGCUAUGAUGGAGGAAACAAUAACUUGAAUGACAAUAAUGAAUGUUAUGAUGAAGAUAUGAUGAUUCCUGUUAGACGUGGAAGCACUGAUUCGAGGAAAUUUAUCGUCAAAUAUGAAAAAUUACUUUACAAAGCUCCAGAGCUGUUGAGAGCGAUUACGAACUUUAACGAUAUUCUUGUUCCGGGCUCACAGAAGGGCGAUAUAUAUUCAUUUGCUAUAAUCCUUUAUGAGAUUCACACGAGGAAUGGACCUUUCGGAGAAAUCGAUUGUACUUACUUUGAUUGCUUGAAACGCUUGACUGUACCUAUAGACAUAACAAAUCCUUUUCGACCAUCAUUGCAACCACUUGAGACAUCAUUCGAUUGUGUUCGAGAAUGCAUUCGUGAAUGUUGGGCUGAGAAUGUAGAAGUAAGACCAGAUUUUAAGACAAUAAGAACUAAACUGCGUCCAUUAAGAAAAGGCAUGAAACCGAAUAUUUUCGACAAUAUGAUGGCAAUGAUGGAGAAAUAUGCAAAUAACUUAGAACAGCUUGUUGAUGAGCGCACGGAUCAGUUGCAAGAAGAGAAAAAGAAAACGGAAGCGCUAUUAUUAGAAAUGCUUCCACGACCUGUUGCUGAGCAACUGAAGCGUGGAAAUAAGGUUGAAGCAGAGAGUUAUGACAUGGUGACAAUAUACUUUUCCGAUAUUGUCGGUUUCACAACAAUGAGCGCUGAAUCGACUCCACUGCAAGUUGUUGACUUCUUAAAUGAUCUGUAUACAUGUUUUGAUUCUAUUAUUGGAAAUUAUGAUGUAUACAAAGUUGAGACAAUUGGCGAUGCAUACAUGGUAUGCUCUGGUUUACCUAUACGAAAUGGAGAUAUUCAUGCUGGUGAAAUUGCAAGCAUGUCACUACAUCUGCUUGAAGCAAUUCGAGAAUUUAAAAUCCGUCAUCGACCUGAUGAAAAUUUGAUGCUGAGAAUCGGAAUACAUAGUGGACCUGUUUGUGCUGGUAAGAAUUAAUAUUUGUGCUUCUUGCUCAAAAAAUAAUUUUUUUCACUGACUGUUGAUGAUUUCAAU